UAUUACAAUUCGGUAAUAUUUAAACUAACCUAUAAUUGAAAUUUAAACGCGUAUUAUUGUUCAACAAUGUUGAAAACAAUUAUUAGGAAAAUAUCAAGACCACUCAUUAACAAACAUUUUUACUCUACAAAUAGAAAUGCUAUUAUUCUAGGUAUAGAGACAUCAUGUGAUGAUACUGGAUGUGCCAUUGUAGAUUCUGAGGGGCAUAUAUUGGGAGAAUGCUUGAAUUCACAACAUUUGGUCCAUUUAAGAAAUGGAGGUAUCAUUCCUCCGAUAGCCCAGAAUUUGCAUAGGCAAAAUAUUGAAAAUGUUGUAAACACAACAAUAAAACAGGCAAAUAUAGACUUCAGUCAAAUUGAUGCUGUUGCUACGACAGUGAAACCAGGUCUUCCACUGUCUCUAUCAAUAGGUUUGAAAUAUGGAAAGCAUUUAUGCAGGACUAAGGGAAAGCUGUUCAUACCUAUCCACCACAUGGAAUCACAUGCCCUUACAUGUCGCAUGCAUGAUAACAGCAUUGAGUUUCCUUUUCUGGUACUUCUUAUAAGUGGUGGUCAUUGUCUGCUGGUUGUAGCUCAAGAUGUGGAUAAGUUUCUUUUGCUUGGUGAGAGCAUAGAUGAUGCACCUGGAGAGGCAUUUGAUAAAAUGGCAAGAAGGAUGAAACUGAUGAAUUUACCAGAGUUUGCUACACUAUCUGGAGGACAAGCAAUAGAGCUGGCAGCAUCCAAAGGCACAGAUGCAGAGCAAUUUAAAUUCUCAGUACCUCUACUGCAAUACAAGAACUGCAAUUUUAGUCUGGCAGGAAUUAAAAACCAAGUUUGGAGACACAUUGUUCAACAAGAAAAACUGCACAAUGUUGAAGCUGAUGCAUUAAUACCAGACGUGUUUAAUCUAUGUGCUGGAUUCCAAUUGACAGUAACUAGACAUUUGUGCCACAGAGUCCAGAGAGCAAUUGAGUUUGUGAAACUCCACAAUUUAAUACCUGAAGAAAAACAAACACUUGUUGUAUCUGGAGGCGCGGCUUGCAAUAAUUUUAUAAAUAAAGCUUUACAAGUGGUUUGCAAUGAAAUAGGAUAUCGAUUGGUUCGACCACCACCAAAACUGUGCACUGAUAAUGGGGUAAUGAUUGCAUGGAAUGGCAUAGAGCGGUGGCGGAAGAAUUUGGGUGUAAUGAAAGACUUUGAUUCAGUUGAUAUUGAAAAAAGAAGUCCAUUAGGUAUAAACAUGAUCAAAGAGGUCACAGAUGCUCACAUAAGUUGUAAAUGGAUAAAAUUAGGUAAUCUGUAUGAAACGUAGACCGCUUCUAAACGUAAACAAUAAAAUUUAUUCCAUACAUACAAGGUUAUUA